UUUUUUUCAUAGUUUUUGUAAAACAGUUUUCACCUUUUAUAAAUUCGUCUUGUACCAUAAAGUAUAUCUUGUACAAAUGUUUAUAAUAUCAAAAUAUGCAAUAAUUUAAAAACAUGUCCACGAAAAGAAAAUAUAACUUGGAUGAAGACGAUGACAACAACUUGCAAGAUAUCCAUGUGAGCAACAAGAAGCAUACAUUAGAUUCUGAUGAAGAGGAUAGCGACGAAUAUGAGAAAGACUACCUAGGUGAUAGCGACAUUGAAGGUGAAGAAGAUGGUGUAUCAAAGGUUCAGGAUGAAGUCAAAAUUACCCCAUUUAAUAUGCGAGAAGAAUUAGAAGAAGGGCAUUUCGACAAAGAGGGACAUUAUCAUUGGAAUAAAUCAAAUGACAUUAAAGAUAAUUGGCUUGAUAACAUUGACUGGGUGAAAAUUCAAAAUGAAAAGGAAACAUCGAAAAAGGGUGACACAAAUGAUGCUGUUGAUGUGAAAUCCAUGAAUGUUUAUAAUGAAGCAUUGAUGUAUAAACAAUUGCUUUCCUAUAUGAUGGAUGGUGAAACUGUUGCCUGUGCUCUAAAACGUCUGGGCAAAAAUAGAGUAAAGAUGAGUUCUGUAGAAAGAUUGCGGUUAAAAAAGAAAGGCAUCAGAGAUGAGAAUGGAGACAAAAUAACAAAACUUACUGAAUUGGCUAACGAAAUUCUAACAAAAACUGGUAAUAUGGAUAUAUAUGAAGCUACCUAUGAAUCUAUAAAAGAAAAAGUUAAUUGUACUCCGAGCACAAGCAAAGAUGGUGGCUUGCUAACAGAGUCUAAUUUUGAUAUGUAUUCCGAUGACUUCAACAAAAAUGAGAAGGAGCAGUUAAAAAACCAAAAUUGCAAGAACGAUAGUGAGGAAAAGAAAGUGACAGAUUCAAAACCGAAAGAGCUUCUUUGGGAAUUCAAGUGGAAUGAAAACGAUAACACGCUACAAGGACCUUUUAAUACAAAACAAAUGCUUAAAUGGUCGAAUGAUGGAUAUUUAAAAAAUGGAGUUUAUGUUAGAAAAGUGGGAGAACAAACAAAUUUCUAUACGAGCAAUCGUAUAGAUUUUGAUCUUUAUUUAUAAACUAAUUUAAUUUCUGCUUUAAAGAGAUCCUGAUAUAAUUAUAUUAAGUAAUAAUUAAACAUCCCAGCAAAAAAAGUGUAGAAAAAGAUGUAGAAUUUUCAUCACAACCCAGCAAAGAAAGUGUGGAAAAAGAUGUAGAAUUUUCAUCACAACUAGUAACCCGAAGUGCUUCAAAUUCAGGUGAAAAACCUAUGAAUUUUACAUUAACGUGUCAUUGGAGGGAUGUUGUUCAUUUUUGACAACUUUGAACUACAUCUAAUCUUAUCUUUAGAAGCUGUAAAAAUCCGAUAUUUGUAUGUCAAAAAUAAACCACAUUCUUUCAAUGAAACGCUUAUGUAAAUUUCAUUGGUUUUUCAUUAAAAUUUGUAGUGACUUUUCUACAACUCUUCUCAUUUUUAACUGUGUUUUCAUUUGUGAAGAUAUGUUUGGUUUAUAAAAGCGAAAAGUAUGCAAUCGCAUUUUUAGAUGUGAUUAAGAUGUCGUUUGUAAAGUAUGACAUCAAUUAUUUUUUGCUGGGAACUAGUAACCCGAAGUGCUUCAAAUUCGGGUGUAAAACCUAUGAAUUUUACAUUAGCGUGUCAUUGGAGGGAUGUUGUUCAUUUUUUGGCAACUUUGAACUACAUCUGAUCUUAUUUUUAGAAGCAGUAAAAAUCCGAUAUUUGGAUGUCAAAAAUAAAACACAUUCUCUUAAUGAUACGCUUAUGUAAAUUUCACUACUCUUUCACCAAAUCUUGAUGUACUUCAAAUAUGUUAUUUGUAAUGACUUUUCCACAUCUCUUUCCUCACUUUUAACUGGGGUUUCAUUUGUAAAGAAAUAUUUGGUUUAUAAAAGUGAAAAAUAUGUGAUCGCAUUUUAAGAUGUGAUUAAGAUGUAGUUUGUAAAGUAUGACAUCAAUUAUUUUUUGCUGGGAUGUAAAGAAACAGAGUUCUUAACGGAUUGCAUGUGGAAUAAAUCCAUUUUUUAUUAUAAAAAAGUUGAAAAUAAUUUUUAACAUUUAUUAUUAAAUGCAAAUUUUUGGCAUUUUGACAAAAUUUACAAAAAAGUUGAGUCGCUCAAUACCUAGAAUUAAAGAGAUGUUAAUAACAUUUCCGAAAAUAUAAAAAUUAUUUCUUUGCCACUCCUAGAAA